UAAAGUGGAGGCUCAUUUCUAGAACGCUCCUUUUCCCUUAGAGGACUGUCCACUUGGUCCGUCUCAUAAAGUUACAAAAACGUCGGUCGAGGACUACAGUAUUUAUUAUUCUAUGGCACAGUGAAUGUCGUCCGUUUGUCGGGACUCGUCGACGUAGAGGUCAGCAUCAGCGACACAAAGUCCAACAACUCCAGUGGGAUAGCGUACCGCAAAGAUGCCAGUCCGAAGGGGUCACGUGGCACCACAGAAUACUUUCCUCGAUACCAUCAUCAGGAAAUUCGAUAGUCAAAGUCGUAAGUUCAUCAUCGCCAAUGCACGGGUGGAGAACUGCGCCAUCAUAUUCUGCAACGAUGGCUUCUGUGCCAUGUGCGGCUACUCGCGGGCUGAGAUCAUGCAGAAGCCCUGCACCUGCAACUUCCUGUACGGCCCUCACACCAAGCGGCUGGCCAUCGCCCAGAUGGCUCAAGCACUGCUGGGCUCGGAGGAGAGGAAAGUUGAGAUCAACCUCUACAGGAAGGACGGUGUGUGUUUCCCGUGUCUGGUGGAUGUGGUGCCGGUGAAGAACGAAGAUGGCCUGGUGAUCAUGUUCAUCCUCAACUUCCAGGUCAUUUCAGACGACAAACAGCCCAACCAGGACCUCAACCACAAGCUGCCCCCCUGGCUCCCCACAGGCCGGCCACGUGGCUUCAAGCUCCGCCUGCCCUCACUUCGCUCCCUCAGCAACAGCAAGGUCUCUCUGGACGACCCAGAGACGGGGCGCCUCCCAGCCCCUGGCUACCCCAGCCACGAGUCCCUGGCUCUGGGAGAGCUGCUCUCCUUGCCCCCAUUACCUCCGGGGCACAAGAGCUCCAGAAGCGCAGGCAGCAGCAGCAGCAGGCCGGCCCUCCUGUGGCCCGAGGACCAGCGCGCCCUGCUGGGCUCAGAGCCUCCGCCGUCCGCCGCCACCUCCUCGCUGCCCCCUGGCCAGUCGCCGUCCUGCAUCGCCCUCCAGACGCUCAACCCGGACGUCUCGCUAUCCAACUGCAGUCUGUCACACAGUCGCUCCCGUGAGAGCUUCCACAGCAUGCGGCGGGCAUCGUCAGUGGAUGACAUCGAGGCCAUGCGGCCGGCGUCAGGCCGGAAGUACAGCACAGCCCAUCCCAUCCACAGCAGCACAGGGGCGGUGAACAACAAGUCCAACAUCCUCAACUCCACGUCGGACUCGGACCUCAUGCGUUACCGCACCAUCAGUAAGAUCCCUCAGAUCACCCUGAACUUUGUGGACUUCAGGGCGGACCCCCUCAUCACGCUGCCCGCGGGGGACAUGGACAUCAUAGCCCCCUGCAAGCUCAUCGACCGCACACACCACGUCACCGAAAAAGUCACCCAGGUGCUGUCACUGGGUGCCGACGUCCUGCCAGAGUACAAGCUCCAGGCACCUCGCAUCCACAAGUGGACCGUUCUCCACUACAGCCCCUUCAAGGCGGUGUGGGACUGGCUCAUCCUGCUGUUGGUCAUCUACACGGCUAUCUUGACCCCCUACUCCGCCGCCUUCCUCCUCAACGACCACGAGGAGGCGGCUAUGGUGAACUGUGGCUACUCGUGCUCGCCGCUCAACGUGGUCGACCUAAUCGUGGACAUCAUGUUCAUCGUGGACAUCGUCAUUAACUUCAGGACGACGUACGUCAACACUAACGACGAGGUGGUCAGCGCCCCGCUAAGGAUAGCGGUCCACUAUUUCAAGGGCUGGUUCCUCAUUGACAUGGUGGCGGCCAUCCCCUUCGACCUACUCAUCUACCGCAGCGGAGAGGAGGUGAGGGGAAGGACGACCACUCUGAUAGGCCUGCUGAAGACGGCCCGCCUCCUGCGGCUGGUGCGCGUGGCGAGGAAGCUGGACCGCUACUCGGAGUAUGGCGCCGCCGUCCUCUUCCUGCUCAUGUGCACAUUCGCCCUUAUCGCCCACUGGCUGGCGUGCAUCUGGUACGCCAUCGGCAGCGUGGAGCGCAACGGCAGCAUUGGCUGGCUCCACACGCUGGGCGAAUCUUUGGGGAAACACUACAAUGACACGGUGCCGGGCUCGGGCCCCUCCAUAAAUGACAAGUACGUGACGGCACUCUACUUUACCUUCUCCAGUCUGACCAGCGUGGGCUUUGGCAACGUCUCCCCCAACACCAACUCUGAGAAGAUCUUCUCCAUCUGCGUCAUGCUUAUCGGAUCGCUGAUGUAUGCCAGUAUCUUUGGGAAUGUGUCGGCCAUCAUCCAGAGGUUGUAUUCGGGUACAGCGAGGUACCACACCCAAAUGCUGCGGGUCCGAGAGUUCAUCCGGUUCCACCAGAUCCCCAACCCACUGAGGCAGCGGUUGGAGGAGUAUUUCCAACAUGCCUGGUCCUACACUAACGGUAUCGACAUGAACGCUGUGUUGAAGGGGUUCCCAGAGUGUCUCCAGGCUGACAUCUGCCUCCACCUCAACCGUACCCUCCUGGAGAACUGCAAAGCCUUCAAGGGCUCCACUAAGGGCUGCCUGCGAGCCCUGGCCAUGAAGUUCAAGACCACCCACGCCCCGCCCGGCGACACCCUGGUGCACGCCGGCGACGUGCUCACCGCCAUCUACUUCAUCUCCCGCGGCUCCAUCGAGAUCCUCCGAGGCGACGUGGUGGUGGCCAUCUUGGGGAAGAAUGACAUCUUUGGCGAGCCCAUCAACCUUUACGGGCGAGCUGGGAAGUCCAACGCCGAUGUGAGAGCUCUGACCUACUGUGACCUCCAUAAGAUCCACAGAGAGGACGUCCUGGAGGUGUUAGACAUGUACCCUGAGUUCUCCGACCACUUCUGGAUGAACCUGGAGAUCACAUUUAACCUCCGGGAUACCAAUAUGAUUCCUGGCUCUCCAGAAAGUGACAACUCAGACUGUAUAGGAUUCAACAAACUGCGCAGACGCAAACUAUCAUUCCGGCGCCGGACAGAGAAGGAUGACGCAGAUGCAGGAGAGAGAAAAAAAGAGAGAUCCAAUAAACCAUUACGGCGGAGACGGGAGGAGGCGGCAAGUAACCAGGAGGAGGGGCCUCUGAACUCAGUGUCCUCCCACUCCAGUGGUGAUGAGGGGGAGGAGUCUGUGGUCACAUGCCCUGCCCCUCCGUCGGCUCUGCAUGAGAUGUCCCCGGCUCAGGCCACCACCCUGAACUUCAGCGACACUCCCGAGGGAGAGGGGGAUCCCAAGGGGGGCAACACCUGCAACGCACUCACAGGAGCAUUUUCAGGGGUGUCCAACAUCUUCAGUUUCUGGGGUGAGAGUCGGGGCAGUCGUGAGUACCAGGAGCUGCCGCGAUGCAGCCUGCCCUACCCUCCCCCUCUUAACACGCCCCUCAACAGCAUCGGCCACAGGCAGCGCACCGAGCUGGAGAACAGACUGGACCUGCUGCAGAAACAACUUAACAGGCUGGAAGCGAGGAUGUCGACAGACAUCGGGGCGAUCAUGCAACUACUACAGCAUCAGAUGGCCCUGGUUCCUCCAGCCUACAGCACCGUGUUGUCUCCCUCUCAGGCCUCACCCUACCCUGGCCCUGGCCCUGGCCCUGGCCCUGGCCCUGGCCCUGGCCCUGGCCCUGGUCCUGGUGAGACACUGGCCUCCCUCUCACAGAUCUCGCACCCCCAGGACUUUGAGGAGUUCCCCAGCAAGUCGUGUGACUCUCUCCGCAGCCCUGAUCAGCUGCACCCCCAGGACUCGCCUCUGGUCAGCCCCACCGAGGCACGACGAGCCACCACUGGACUGGGCAGCUUAACUCUGGACCUGGGCAGCUUGGGCAGCCUGGAGCUAGAACUAGGGGCUGGGUCAGUGGCAGAGAUGGGGGCAGUGGCAGGGUUGGGGUCAGGGAUGGGGGCAGGUUCAGGGUUGGGGCCAGUGGCAGGGGCGAGUGGCCUGGACCCUGACACCCAGCGAAGGCUCUCUCUGCCUGAGCCACAGACGCCCCUGGACUCACAGACACCGCAGAGGCACAGCUCCGACCCUGGGGGGAGCUAAGGAGUGGUGAGGGGGAGGGAGGAGAAUAGGUCCAGAGAGAGGGAAAGGAGGGGUAGCUCUGUUUUUCCCUCUUUCUCAGUCACACAUCUCAUGGGAUCCUUCCCUCAGUCCAGGCGUAAACACACACAUAAGGGGGCGCCACUUUUCUCCCUUCGGCCUCUAGAACCUCACCUAUAGGCACUGAGUGAGCCUCACCUCUGACCUCUAACCUCUGACCUGAGGAGAAACCUUGUUUGGAGAGGGGGGAAGUCUCUCUUUUUCAGGGGUCAUUUUCCCUAUCCGGCUCCUAACGUUACCACAACGUUACCAAACCCACAUGCAGCGAGAGAGGGAGAGAGAGAGAGAGAGAGA